AUGACAACCAACCGAAAAAGAGAAUUAUCGAGCAACCAAGGAAAAAAAGUUGGACAAACGGAAAAAAGGGCACUCAAGGCGACCUACCAAGACAAUCCUGACAUCUUUGAGAAAGAGCCCUCUGAGCUACUUAGUGAUGCCGACAGGGAUGAAGACACUAUGUUCUCAGACCACAUUCUACAGACGAAACUGUCCAAUACCAAGAUCCUGGCAUUCAGCAUGGGGAAAAUUCCCCCGGCAUCGCACACCACUAGCGGCAGCACACGCAAGCUGAAGGCCCCUGCAAUCAAUACCCCUCAGGAUGACACCUCAGACGACACUAGUGAUAAGUCUGGCGAGGACCCAGAGUCAGCAGAUCAGUCUCAAUCGGAGGCUGGGGCUGGUCACACCGAUGAAGAGGAUGGUCACUCCGAUGAGGAACAAAUACCUGCCCCUCGGGCAACCAAACGAUCGCACGACACAGAAGACACCAUGGUAGUGCUGAAGAUCAAGAAAAAUUCAGACGGCUCCCAUCAAUGUGCAAAAGCUAGUGAUUUUGAUGAUGUCUCAAAAGACGUCCUUGCGCCAUUUCCGGAUACGAUUGCUGCCGAGACGAUGCUGGCAAAAGAGGCCUGGCACGAGGCGUGCCAAAUAAAAGGCAUCAAUGUCAAAUUAACACCUUCAGCAGUCAAGAUGCUUUUGAAACGCACAUCACAUGUGCGUGGCGAACUCAAAACAAAGAUGCGGUCACUAACUCGUUUGUUUUUUGGUUUCCGGUCAAGUGAUUCGAGGGAGGUUGUAAGGCAAAACCGAGAUCUAGCAGAAUCUUUGAAAGACGGUUCAUCCUUUGUUUACAAGGACUGGACAGCGAAGACGGGCAUAUACAAGACCAAAUUACUCCAAGAAGGGAUCAAUGUUAUGUGGUUUGCAAACCAAAACGAUGAAGGCGUCGUCUACCAUAAGCAUUUUAACCCCAUGCCUACUGAGAUUAUUGCGCUCACGCUUACAGCCAUUGAAUGCUGUAUUGACGAGUGGCUGCAGGGCUUGAAAGAAGACAUCACAUUUACAGCAGCUACCUAUGGAUGUGUCUACCAAACUCAUUUGAGCUCGUUGCAGCGUUUUGACGAGCGCACGGCACCUUAUAAGCUCUUUGAAAGAAUUUGCAACAAUUUGCAUGAUGUGGCUCGUUUCCAUGCAGGUGUAGAGGGACUCGCUACUACGGUGUCAGACGCAUCCCAGAUCAGCGACAAGGCAUUCGAAGAUGCCAUUCGAGAGCACCAGCUUCAAGAGGAGGAGGAUGCACGGCAAGGCUAG